CGACAUCGCAACUUGUGAUUUCGUGCCCCACUUUGUUUGAUCAUCAUGACGGACGUUUUUGCGGCCUAUGAUGUCAACAAUGAUGGCAAGCUGAGUCGAGAGGAGUUCAGUGCUAUGAUGGGAGCACAGGCUGGGACCACCACUGGAGUUCAGGGAGGAGUCUACAACGCUGGCACUGCGGUGUAUGGAACCACGGCACAAGAUGGGGGCUGCUACACGGGUGCCAACUACAUCAACCAGCCUGCGUACACUGCUUCCCAACCAAUCCCCGUGACAUAUGCCACGGCUCAACCAGCAUCUGUGACGUAUGGAGCUGUCAGUGAGAUGCCACAGACCACAGCUGCUGCUGCUCCUGCUCAAACCGCUGCUCCGCAGGUGACCUAUGCCCCUGCGCAAAGUGCAGCUCCCGCAGUUCAAGCACCAGCAUAUGCACAAGCAGCACAACUCUAUGCACAGCCGCAGGCUGAAGCUCAGCCAGCUGUGACCUAUGCUGCCGCAUCAUAUCCCACCACUGCUCAAUAUGCAGCACAGCCUGCUGAAGCAGCACCUGCUGCUUACACGAUGCAGCCUGCUGAAACCUAUGCGGCACCGCAGGCUGCUGAACCUGUGCCCAUGACAUACUCUACACCCACAGAAAUGGCAGCGCCAACGUACACGACUGCACAGCCAGCCCAAGCAGCUCAGGCUGCACCAACUUAUCAAGUGGCAGCAGCCCCAAUGGCCCAAAUAGCAUGUGGACCUUCCACCUUUGCCCAGUUUGACACCAACAGAGAUGGAGUGAUCUCGAGGCAGGAAUUUGCUGCAGCCUUCACCGCACAGCCCCAGGUGGCUCAGAUGCCCCAAGUGGCCCAGAUGCCCCAGGUGGCCCAAAUGCCCCAGGCAGUGCAAAUGCCACAGGUGGCGCAAAUGCCACAGGUGAUCCAAAUGCCGCAGGCCCAGAUGCCUCAGGUGUCCCAGCUGCCUCAAGUGUCCCAGCUGCCUCAAAUGACCCAGAUGCCUGAGGUGUCCCAGCUGCCUCAAGUGACCCAGAUGCCUGAAGUGAGCCAGAUGCCUCAGGUGUCCCACCUCCCUCAAGUGACCCAAAUGCCUGAGGUGUCCCAGAUGCCCCAGAUGUCCCAGUUGCCGCCAGUGUCCCAGAUGCCCCAGGUGUCCCAUAUGCCUCCAGUGCAGAUACCGCAGAUCCAGCCACAGAUCCAGGGAUUCAACAGUUAUGUGCCCAUGGCCGCACCCAUGGCUGCUGCACCGCAGCAAUCCUUGAGCUAUGUGGCACCUGUACUUCCGCCUCAGAUGGCUCAGACUGCACAGCCCAUGGCCCAGACCACUGUGCCAGUCUAUGCUGCGCCAGCCACUGCUGCAGCAGCUGCAGCGGCAGCUCCAACGCAAACGGCACCAGCAGCAGCACCAGCACCAGAAGCAGCACCUGAACCAGCAAAACCACCAGCCGGAAAGAUGCUGUAUGCUGCACCUCCUUUGGCUGCCCCUGCCACAACCCCUGCCCCAACCACCUCCCCUGCUGCUCAAACACCACCUCCUGGUGCCGUUUAUGCAGCACCCCAGACAUCCUUCGUGCCUCCUCCAGCCCAGGCCUCGCCAUUUUCGGUGCCCAACAUGCCGAGCUAUGUGCCAUUGCAGAUGCCCACGGCGGAUCCAGCCAUGUUUGCAGCUCCAACGAUGUUCCAGCAGCUGGAUAUGAAUCAGGAUGGGGUUCUCUCACGAGAUGAGUUUGCAGCAGCCUUUAAUGCCAUGACCCAGCCAGCUUACUCCAGUGCGCAACCUCCACCCAUGUUUGGAGGCCCUUCAAGUUAUGUGCGGCCAAACCAGCUUUCAUUCACUCCACCAAUUCAAUUUUCAGCCUCCACACAGAUGCCAGCUCCCACUGCCUAUGAAGCACAGCCUCAGAUUUAUUCCUCUGCCCAGCCUCCCAUGUUCACACAACAACCUGCAGGUUUUGCACAGCCUGGAGGUGCAGCCUUCGCUGCUCAGCCUGCUACUUUCACGGCACAGCCGACCACUUACACGGCUGCACCACAAACAUACACCGCUCCUCCCAUGCAAUUUGCUGGCGGUGAAUAUUCAGCCCCUCAGCUGGCCUCCCGCCCCAUGGAGUUUCCUGCCAUGACUCAGCAAUACUCGCUCUCACCACCAAUGGAAUAUUCCGCACCACAGAUGACAGCAGCUCCGGCCCAGUACACAACAGCCCCAGCCCAGUAUUCCGCCAUGCCAUUCUCAACCCAAGCUGCUCAGUACACUGCAUCGGUGGCACCAGCCCAGUACACUGUGGCACCACAAUCCGUACCCCAGGUCCUUGAAGCUCCAGGGCAAUAUCUUGGCGCCGGGCAAUACACCAUGGCACCACAAUAUUCCCAAUAUUCUCAAUACACGGCAGCACCAGCCCAGACUGCAGCGCCGCAGUACAUGUCGCAACUGGCUGGCGGCCAGUACAUGACUGCCGGAAAUCCAGCCUCAACCUGCGCCAACUGCGGAAAUGUCUUCAUGCCCGACGCCGUGUUUUGCCGCAAAUGUGGUGCAAAACGCGAGACAGAUGCCUUUGCACAGAUGGAUGUGAACGGAGAUGGUGUUCUGUCACGUGAAGAGUUCGUGGCUAUGAGGUGAGUGAGGAAAAGAGAUGCUGCUAGUGUCGUACAAAGGGGAAUCAACUUCGACACUGUAAAUGGACACGCCUGGUUUUCUCUCAUAGCGCAACUUGAGAGACCUGGCGACCGAAGCGACCGAAUGGCGACAGCUCAAUCUGGCUGUGUCAGACGGUACUCAACUCUUGAUCAAGUGACAUUGCUUGAUGGUUCAAUGCUCAUCUAGAAGUGCCGGACUCAUUGCAAGCCUUUCCAUACUACCUCCAAAAUAGAAUAUGUGAUUUCAACAUUGUUGCAAGCUUGAGUCUCGGCAUCUGGAAACAACUGAAGUUUCCCGCUUGAUUAUUCUUUGUAGAUAUGAAAACUUGGCAGAAAAACA